UCUGAGCCUUCCCUGACACAACUUGAGGCCACUAUUUUAGGCUUCUCAACCCCACCGGGGAGGCUCUCCAUGAUGGCUUUCGUCCUCAAUGCGUUCACCUGUGCUCUUGGCUUGCUGUACUUCAUCCGCCGAGGAAAGCAAUGCCUGGAUUUCACUGUCACCGUUCACUUCUUCCACCUCCUGGGCUGCUGGAUUUAUAACUCGCACUUUCCCUCGACCCUGACGUGGUGGCUGGUGCACAUCGUGUGCACUGCACUGAUGGCUGCCAUCGGGGAGUACCUCUGCAUGAGGAUAGAACUCAGAGAAAUUCCACUCAAUUCUGCCCCCAAAUCCAAUGUAUAGUCUUGCUCUGGCAACAACAUGCUGCAUUAUGUCAUUGUUUCCAGCACAAGUGCAUCUAAUGCCUGAGAAUCAUCACUGAAGAAGCACAGCAGGUCUGUUGAGACUUUUUUUUUUUCCUUUUUGGACCUUGGUGACUGCAUGAGGGUGAGCAUCUCCUCUGACAACAGCAGACAACAGGGGAGGAGCAGAUGUUUAUUUUGUUAACACAAAGCUUUUAAUAUGACUGUAUGGCGAGCGUGCUCUUAAACUCUUCACUUGUGAGACUGUUAAAAGCCAGGUAGGAAAACUUGAUGUGUGAGAAGCAUCUGGGAUUUAAUACCUGUGGGAGUGCCCUGUAUGGGUAAUGCAGUGGUCAGCUCUUCUCACAGGAGCUGGCACAGUGAGCAGUGGGGCUGGGAGCUGCUGCUUCAGAUCUGUAACUUGUCUGGGCUUUGGUUGGAAAACAGUCAAGGAAGUGAAUGGAUGGGGAGAAAGAAAAUAGUUGUACUUACCCGAAUCACCAGCUGAGACCCUAAAUAACCUACAACGUUAGAUGGGUUGGUUUGCUGUUUCCAUGUUUAAUACCUAGAGAUGUCAGCAGUUUGCUGAAGAAACCUUUUAUAAUAAUAAAAAUAUUAUGUUGCUGUGAACGUGU